AUGUCUGAUAAGGAUUUUGUGACCAAGUUUUUGACGCUUGCUACUAUCAACAAACCGGCACUCGGACCGGACUUCCAGAAACCUCUAUCGGAGGUGAAAACUCUGGGUGUCGCUCUGCCUCCCUUGAAGUACAAGUACGACCCAAAACGGACCCACGGGGCUGCUGGUAACGCGGCCGUGAACGUCACUUUAAAGAGCGUUCGUGCUCCCAAGUUCAGCGUAGCGAGCAGCUUCCAGCCGGACGAAACUGUCAGGCAAAUGAAGCAGUUUCUGGUCGAACACGAGGAGACUCUUCAGCAGGUUGAGCAGCUAAAACUGCUGCUCAAGGGGAAAGUACUACAUGACAGUACUCUUGUUCGGGAUUUAAAGGCAGAGGACAACUCUGUCAUUAAUGUUAUGGUAUCCAAACCCACUGUGGUGGAACAAACUGCGACACCGGACGAGGCCCCGGAACCGGCCGAACUGCCUGUUGAUGCAAACAAAACUGUUGAGAUCCCAUGGGACAAAAUUGAGUCAGUGCUUCAGUCCACUUUUGCCUCUCCAGAGGAUGCCGCCUCAUCUCUGCAGAGAUUGAAAAGAGGCUGGGAGCUCGCCUAA